UCCAAGCAGGGAGGCAGCCUCCUCCAUCCCCUCCCUCGCUCAACCAAAGUUUCGUCGGGCUGUGGGCUCGUCGCCGCGGCUGCUGGAGAGCAAGAGCUCCGCUGAUCGGUCGCCGGUUCCCGCGUCCUCCACGGCUUCUCGGUGCCAGGUCGGAGCCAGGCGCCCGGUCGCCCCGUCGCGCUCGGCCCCGAGGGCAUGCGGCAGUCGCAGGGGUCCCCGCUCUUGGGCUUGGAGGUGCGGACGAGAGUAAGCGGUUACACUGCUCAUCUCACUGGGGAUCAGAUGGGGAGAGAGAUGUGAACUCCUCCGCAAGCUGUUUGGUGAAUGCAUCUUGACUGGUUACUUUAACAUCCCAAUGGAGUGGUCUAGAGGAGCCAUGGCCAUGUACAGGAUGUUCAACUCUUCUCCACAAUGAAUGAGUGUCACUAUGAUAAACGCAUGGACUUUUUUUAUAAUAGGAGCAACACUGACACUCCCGACGAGUGGACAGGAACAAAGCUUGUGAUUGUUUUGUGUGUUGGAACAUUUUUCUGCCUGUUUAUUUUUUUUUCUAAUUCUCUGGUCAUCGCAGCAGUGAUCAAAAACAGAAAGUUCCAUUUCCCCUUCUACUACCUGUUGGCUAAUUUAGCCGCUGCAGAUUUCUUUGCUGGAAUUGCUUAUGUAUUCCUGAUGUUUAACACUGGCCCCGUUUCAAAAACUUUGACUGUCAACCGCUGGUUUCUCCGCCAGGGGCUUCUGGACACUAGCUUGACAGCUUCUCUGACCAAUUUACUGGUCAUUGCUGUGGAAAGGCACAUGUCAAUCAUGAGGAUGCGAGUCCACAGCAAUCUGACCAAAAAGAGAGUGACACUGCUCAUUCUGCUUGUGUGGGCCAUUGCCAUCUUCAUGGGGGCGGUCCCCACGCUGGGAUGGAAUUGCCUCUGCAACAUCUCUGCCUGCUCUUCCCUGGCCCCCAUUUACAGCAGGAGUUACCUCAUUUUCUGGACUGUGUCCAACCUCGUGGCCUUCUUCAUCAUGGUGGUGGUGUACCUGCGGAUCUACAUGUACGUCAAGAGGAAAACCAACGUUUUGUCUCCACACACAAGUGGGUCCAUCAGCCGCCGGAGGACACCCAUGAAGCUCAUGAAGACAGUGAUGACUGUCUUAGGGGCAUUUGUGGUAUGCUGGACCCCAGGCCUGGUGGUUCUGCUCCUGGAUGGCCUGAGCUGCACACAGUGUGGGGUACAGCAUGUGAAACGCUGGUUCCUGCUGCUGGCACUGCUCAACUCUGUCAUGAACCCCAUCAUCUACUCCUACAAAGAUGAGGACAUGUACAGCACCAUGAAGAAGAUGAUCUGCUGCUUUUCUCAGGAGAACAACCCAGAGAGGCGUCCCUCCCGCAUCCCCUCCACAGUCCUCAGCAGGAGCGACACGGGUAGCCAGUAUAUGGAAGAUAGUAUUAGCCAAAGCACGGUCUGCAAUAAAAGCAGCUCCUAAGCUGUGGACCUUUCCUGUCCAGGCCUCCCUUGGGGAAAGAGCUGUUGAGAAUGGUUACCUGUCUCUAACAAAGCCCAUGUACAGUGUUAUUUGAGGUCUGAAUUAAUCACUGCUAGAUUUAGAAAUUUGUUCUUGUUUUUCAUAGUUUAAAAGCAUGGGCAGUGAAGAGAAGACACAAUGCAUUUAGUGAAAAUGCACAGAAAGAGGGAAGACAGCACAGUACCUUCCUGCUCGUUGUCCUGUGAACUGCUCAAAGCAUCUCCUAGCUGGCCGGGCAUUCUGGGCUUGGCCGCCAUCUUGUAGCCAUUCUCUUUGUGUUUCAAAAGAUGUUGUUAAAGGGUUUAGGCUGAAAUAAAUAAUAAAUGAUGUUACUUGAGCCAUUUUAUUUAGCUGCUAGAAAAACCUAUGUAGUUCUUUCUGCAUGCAUUUGAAAUUUUCAGAAACGCUUCACCAAUUGUAUUUUUCUUUUUUCCCUCAAAGAAACCAGGCCAGUAGCUAGGUGUUCAAUAGGAAUCUAAGAACAACAAGUCAGUAAGAGCUCCAGGAUAAAUGUGACUUUUAACAAAAAGAAAGUUCUGAAGAAAACCAUUUACUUAAAAAUAGCAACAAAAAGGCAAAGGCUUAAAACUUUUUUGGAAGUGGGGAAGACUUCAAUGUGGUUCUCUGAGUGGGCAUGCCCACAUGAGCAUAUCUUCUUAUUAACUCUGUUUCUAAGGACUCCAAGGACAAUGGUGGUGAAGGAAAGUCACUGGUCACCUAGACUUUUCAGUCCAGGACAGUAGCUAUAGAAAUAACCUGUUGUGCUCUAAAAAGGAGAGAGAGAGAGAGAGAGAGAGAGAGAGAGAG